GUCGAGGUUGCGGUCGACGGCGAAGGCGGCUACCGGUGGCGGCAUUAAACGGCGCUACGGCGAAGUCAGCCGGACAACGCACAGGCCAAGUUUAAACACGGCCGCUUUCUCUCGCAUUGGCCCCGUAUGAGAAAAAAUGGCGGAGCAAAGUGUCGACGGCGCGGCGACCGAAGAGUCUCUUGCUAAGAAGAUGAAGGCUAUCGAGCCGGAGGAGGCGUCCAAAGUCGCGGACAGCGUACACGACACCGCCCUCAGGCUCUCGAGCUUUCAAAUGACGCGCAUACUCAACGUCAAUAGCAUGAGGAAGCAGUUGAUGGUCGAGGGGACGUUCAAGGGCCAGGAGAGCCCGGCGAUUGUCAUUAUGGAGAAGAAGGUCUUCCCCGAGGACGAUAUAUUCCUUAAACGGGGCUUCUUCAACGAGGGCACCAUCAUUCGGAAAGUCUACAGCAAUGACGUUUACGGCAAUUACGAGUGCUUCCCAACCCGCGAGCAUAACGGUUUAAAUGUAACGAUAAUUCAUCCAGCGUCUCAAAAGCAUUUGGACAAAUUUUCAAGAAAAGAGUUGUAUCUUGUUAACGAAACCUAUGAGAUUUAUGAGAGUGUUACCCUACCUUACUUGGAGUCCAAUAGUUUCUCCCUACAGUGGGUUGAUAACAUCUUGAGUCACAAGGCAGAAUACGAUAAAAUUAUUUACGAGGAUAAGGACAAAGAGAAAGGUUUUAUAAUGUUACCGGAUUUAAAAUGGGACGGUACAUUAGCCUCGUUGGAUAUAUUAGUUCUUGCAAAAAAAAGGAUUAAAUCUUUGAGAGAACUUAACGAUUCUCACUUACCAUUAUUAAGAAACAUUAGAGAUACGGGGACGGAUGUAAUUAAGAAAAAGUACAAUUUAUCAUCAUCUCAACUUAGAAUUUAUUUACAUUAUCAACCAUCCUAUUAUCAUUUGCACGUGCAUUUUUCAUACUUAAUGCACGAAGUACCAGGUAUUCAUUGCGAAAAGGCACAUUUGAUUUCUACCGUUAUUAAUAACAUAGAAAUUGUACCAGAUUAUUAUCAAAAGGCUGUAUUAUCGUUUGUUGUGAAAGAAAAUGAUCCAUUGUGCAAAAAGUAUCAAGAAAGUGGUGUAUUAACUGUGAUUGACAGUCAAACAGAAAUUUAAAA